AUGCAGAAUCCUAAGCUCUUGGUUGCAGUCAAAGCUACUUCAAAUGGAACUCUGAUCCACCCAGCAUACUUUCUGCUGGUGGGCAUCCCUGGCCUGGGACCUAGCACACACUUCUGGCUGGCUCUCCCACUGUGUUUUAUGUAUGCCUUGGCCACCCUGGGCAACCUGGCCAUUGUCCUGAUCAUCCGUGUGGAACGCCGCCUGCAUGAACCCAUGUACCUCUUUCUGGCCAUGCUUUCUACCAUUGACCUGGUCCUUUCUUCUGUCACCAUGCCCAAGAUGGCCAGCCUCUUUCUAACAGGAACCCAGGAGAUUGAGUUCAACGUUUGUCUGGCCCAGAUGUUCCUUAUUCAUGCUUUGUCAGCCAUGGAAUCAGCUGUCCUGUUGGCCAUGGCUUUUGACCGCUUUGUGGCCAUCUGCUACCCACUGCAGCAUGCUUCUGUGCUCACAGGGCCUACGGUUGCCAAGAUAGGACUAGCAGCCCUGGCCAGGGGAUUUGUGUUCUUCUUCCCUUUGCCCUUCAUCCUGAAGCGGCUGUCAUACUGCCAAAAACACACCGUCACACACUCCUUCUGUUUACACCAAGAUAUUAUGAAGCUGUCCUGUACUGACACGACGGUCAAUGUAGUAUAUGGGCUCUUCAUCAUCCUCUCAGUCAUGGGUGUGGACUCCCUCUUCAUCGGCUUCUCCUACAUCCUCAUCCUGAGGGCUGUAUUGGCGCUAUCCUCUCGGGGGGCAGCACUCAAGGCUUUCAACACCUGCAUCUCCCAUCUCUGUGCAGUCCUGGUCUUUUAUGUGCCUCUCAUUGGACUCUCAGUGGUGCACAGACUGGGGGGCCCUACUUCCCUGCUCCAUGUGAUCAUGGCUAAUGUCUACCUCCUACUACCACCUGUGGUCAACCCUGUUGUCUAUGGUGCCAAGACCAAAGAGAUCCGUUUACGUGUCCUCCGUUUGUUCUCCCGGGAUAACAGUUGA